GUUGUAUGUGUAUACUGUAUAGUGAGAGUAGGUGUGAUGUGUACUUUGUAUGGUCGGCCUUCAGUGAUAAUGCCUUUGAAUUACUCGUUUUAUAUUGGAUUGCCAUAGCAUUUAAUAAAAAGUUAUUUUCCAUUUUUAAUUAUCAAUUUAUCGUAAAAUAAAAGACACCAUGAUGUGCAAGUUAGGAAUCAGCUGUUUAUUGUUUAUGUGUUUCCUAACCUCAAUUACUUAUGGAGAAAAUGCAACUUCAUCUAAGAAAAGAAAAAUCUCCCAGGAUGUAUUUCUGUCAUUCAAACAAACAGAUAUGUUACCCACUCUCCCAAAUGAUGAGGACAUUCUGGAACAAACAAGUGAACUACAACCCAAUAUCGUCUAUUAUUUGCAUGUACAGUUCAUCCCAAGUUGGGUACAGUUCAUAAUUUUACAAACCCACGCUUAUCUGCACAACGUGUCUCUGGGAUAUAGCAUGGAGAUGUUAUCCAACAAGUCUGUGACAGGGCAGAAUAUUGGUCUUGCUGCAAAUGUUACUUCAUCGAGGACUGCACAGUUUUUCCUGGAAAAUGAUAACCCUUUCAAUGUAACUGUUUUGAUUGCUGUUGUGGCUUACAACAAAAAUGCGCCACUACCAGGAGGAUGCAACAUGGAGUUUGAGGAGUUUGAGACAGCUCCGUGGCUGCGAGUGAACGUGAGCGGAGCCAUGGUAUCAGUGAGCAGCCAGCCUGCCCAGGGGCCUAUCACGUGGGGUGCUAUGGACUCAUGUAAUCUGCCCACUCUGCGUUAUCAGUCCUACCAUCUCUUCUUACCAGAAAAGGACUUCCAGGUCAACACUUAUUUUGACUACAUUCGGAGAAUGAUCACAGUGAAGAGGAUAUUACAGAAUGGAAGAUUGGUACCAGACUUCAGUGGAGAAAUGAUGCACAAGUACAGUGCCUACCACGGCACAGGUUCAGUAUACGCGACUAUUGUAUCCACCAGUUCUGUCAGCGUUCAGCAGCAUGCAGCGUAUGUACCUGCACUCACGUACACCUGCAGCCCAGCGCAGUACACUGACACCUGCCAGGUGCUCACAUCAACCUUCUCUAGAUCACUCUGUGCGCUGGUGCUCUUCAUCGGGCUGUUUGUCUGCCUCUUCGGACAUUCCUUCUUCCAGACAGAGCUGUUCCUGAUGAGUACACUGAUGGGAGCCAUAAUUACCUACAUUGUCGUUGCACCUCUCGGCAUGACAGACUCAACUAAUGUGGUGCUGGCUACCGUGGGUGGUAUCACGAUUGCCAACUUCUGGCUGUUGCUGUGGUGGAUUAUUGGGUCUCCCCUGUUCUCCCUCAUAAUGGCAACACUGUCCCUUGGCUUCCUCUGUGCAUCGCUCGUCUUCUACACCCCUCUAGGUGACAACCCUUACAUGGUGAGCAACGUCAACUACUGGCUUGCGUUCAUCUGCUGUAUGCUGGUCGUCGCUGUCGUGUUCGCUCCAUACACCAACAGAGUGAACAUUCUGGCUUGUAGCGUUGUCGGCUCGUACGCCGCCAUCGUGCCUGUGGACCACUAUAUCGGCGCCAAUCUCAAGUUCAUCUUCAUCAACACCAUGCGCAGAGCAACUGUCUCCGGCUUCAACCAGGCUAUCAUUGACCCCCCAUUUCAGGCAAAAGAUGGUGUUUUGGUUCUCAUUUGGGUGGUGCUGGCUGUAGUGGGUUAUGUCAUGCAGUCUCAGAGGUUCGGAGACAAGCCAGUGUUCCCCCGCUCCCCCCACCAUUGGGGCUCAAUACCCCCCACCCCCCGCCGACCCUCCCUGGUGUCCGAGGAGCGCCCUCUGCUGUACGGCUCCCCUGGUGCUAACAACGUCUUCUCGUAGUUCCCCAAGUAUAGCAUUAAAAUAGUCUUAUAAUGUUGUUGUUUUAAAAUUAAUAUUUUAUUUUUAAUGUUUUUGGUUUUUUAUAAUAAUAAUAACCAUUUCAAUUAUAAGUGUUGGUAAAUUUAUAAAUAAUUUGAUCAACUAUUUGAAAUUUGUUUAACUGUAUUUCUAAAUAAUGUAAAUAUAUUCAUAAAUGUAUCCUUGGUCAAACAUUAUAUUUAACAAAUUGUAGUUGUAUGUAUAUUUAGUUCUUGAAAAUGUAUCGUCUUCAUAAAUUUGUCGCCAAAUUUCAGGUAUUUAAUUGCAGUCGAUGGGUUCUAUUAUAUUAACUCCUGGCCAAAUUCAUAGAAAAACUUUUGAAUUUAUAUAAUGUUGGCAUUAAUCUUUCUCAGUCCUGCUGGUAACAUUGUUUAAUGCGUUAUUAUUGACAGCUCCUACUCCAUUUUUAAGAAAAACAUUUGCAAUGAUUAGUGCAAUUUUUGGACUUUACUUACGGGUGAUGAUAGCAAUAGAUAGUUUAUCACCAGUACCACUAAUACUAGUCUAGUGGUUGGACUGACAGGAACAGUAGUGUUUGGUGAUGUAGCAGAGUUAGCGUUCUUGUGUCCUUUAGGUAACUGUACCACAUAUAGAUAGGUAAAGGAUUAAACAGGGUUUGAGUACAAGUGAUUAUCGUUACAGACUCAUUUCAUUUUUUAAUCAAACUGAAAUGUUGAACACAAUAAUAUAAUAAUAGCAUAAUUAAGGCUGUUUGCUUGCUAAUUAUUAGUAAUAAUUUUUAGAAAUUAUUAUUUUUAUUUUAGAACAUGAUUAUUUUCUGUUUUUGAUGACAAUAUGUGUAUUAUUUGUAUGCAUGCAAGAUUUGUUUUGUAAUGAAAACAGUAAAGGAUAACAUCUCCUUUAGAUAUAUCAUACUUUUAGUAUUAGUUAUGUGCAUUUAAGACAGGCUCUAAUAACAAUAGUGUUUCAAGUUGCUUCAGAGUGAGAUUCACCACUAGUAAAGUAAUAUACAUCAUAUUCAAUUCCUAGUUAAGUUUGUGAUGUUUUUGUAAUUUAUAAGUUGUUUUAUGCUCUAUAUAUGUGUUCAAAUAUUUUGUGAAAAAUGUGCAAUUGCAAUGCUUGUAUAUAAAUCUCCAGCAUUAUGUCCGAAGUAGUUCUUUUCAUUACUUCCCAAAGAGUGUUGGAAAUGAACAGAGAAAUUCAAAAUACUCUGUAUGGAACAUUCAGCAUUUUAUAUUUUACACUGCUAACUACUCCUUAACUUUCAAUUUGGCUAGUUAUUUAUUGUGCAUAAACCGUGUUUUAAUAUGAACUCUUGCAGUAUAUUGCAUUUUUUGCUUUAUUUCAAACUAAUACGCCAAUUGAAAAGUUAAGCUCCAAUUUUUUAUAUCCAUAUAUAAACAUUCUAUAAUUACUGUUUAUUUCUCAUUAGAUAUUCACAAUUUCUGAUCACUGUUUUACAAAGUAAUUUCCUAAAAAGCAAAAUUAGUAUAUGAUUUGAAAAAUGUCCUGUUGAAAACCUUUUUCGUGUACAAUUUGUGAAUAUUGCUAUAGGAAAGAUUUUUUUUUUUCAAAAUUAUUACAAAAAUUAAAAUUUUAUGUUUUGUACAAUUUUAAACUGCUAAAUGCAGCAACAAUAACUUCAUUAACAUUUUUGGUAUACAUUUUGAGACAUCAGUGAAUAGUGAAAAGUAGAUAAAAAAGUAGAAUAAUGUCCAAAGAGGCAGUAAUAAUAAUUUAGUCAAAUUUUGAGUACCUGUGUAGGAUUUUUAAUUUCAUGAUGUUUGCUAUCUUCACCGAGAAAUAAUGAAGAUAAAAUUAUAAUUUAAUAAAUAUUUUCAACCUAAAUAUAUUUAUUUUAGAAUAAUCAUUCUCUGGAUAAAGAAAAACUUCCUCAUAAAUUUCAGGCUUAUUUUACAACUUUGAUUGUUUUGUAAAAUAAACUCAAAUUUCUAGUUAUGGAAAAACAUGAAACGUUACAACCACCAUGUUUUAUUUUUCUUGGGUAUUUUUCCUUUAAAUAUAUUGAAUUUUUUCCUAUGAAACCCAAAUUCAUAAUUACAUAAAAAGUUAUAAAUUGACAUUUUUAUAGAUUUUAAAACUUCUAAUAUAGAAUAUUUUAAACUAUUUUCCUACGUAUCAAUAUUCAUUGAUUACGUAGCAAGUAUCCCGAUAUUAAUACACUAGAUGCGGACAGUACAGACAGAAAACAACUUUUCAUAAACUAUACUUUUAUUAGCCACAUUUUACUCACUCACAAAUUGAGCUUGAAUGAUGUGUGAGUGAUGCUACAAGAGAGACAUGUAAUAUGUAAAUGUUGGUGCGAAGCUACGGUACAGAGGUUCGAAAUGUACCGUUAGAUUAUAUUAACAGAUGUAUCUGUGAGUCUUUCAACAAUGUUGCUUAAGCUAGUCUAAGCCGGUGUGAAAAUGGCCUUGAAUAUAUUAAAGCACUUUUUUGUAUUCCAGUUUUUCUUAAAUAGAAUUUCUAUUAUCUUGGAAUGUGCUAUAAACUUGUUUUGGACAUUUAUCUAUUUUUUAAAGUACACAAUUUGUAUUUAUCUUUUUAAUUUUGCGUUGCAAACAAUAUUUGUGUCUAAAUAUAAUCAUGUAACUUUUAAAACAAAUUAUUAGGGAUUAUUUUUAUAACACACUAAAAUAUAUCUGCCUGUGGAAAAAAUAAUUGCCAGUUCCAGAAUAUAAAAUGAUAUUCUUAUUAUAUAUGAACAAUUUUUUAAACACAGAAAUUUAAUUAUUAAAAUUUAGAAUAAUACGAAUUUGGGUACCCUUACAUAAAACAUUUUGUUAAUUGUAGUGAUAUAUUGAUAUAAUGAUCACAAUAUUAAAAAUCAACUUUAAGUGGGCUUUAAAAGUUUCAUUUUGCUGUUUAUAUUCUAUUCAACAAACUUCAAUUUUAAUUUUGAUUUAAAAUUUUUAACUUGUGAUUUGCACAAAUAUUUUGAUAGAGAAUUGCACAAAAAACAGGUUUAUAUAGUUAAACUUUCAAACAAUCUUCAUAACCCAAGGGAAAAAUUAUUAAAAGGUGAUUUGUUUUGAGUAAGAUUAUAUUAUUUUGUGCUUUACUAAAUACUUUGUUCGUUUUAGGUUUGUGUAUGUUAUAUAUAUCUAUAAUGUAUUGCAAAAUGUGAUAUUCUUCAGUAUAUUUGACAGGAUUAAACGUGUUAUUCUGUGGA